UUUAUUCACUGCGCAUGCCAGAAUAUAUUCUUAAGUUCCGGUUACCAUCAGCCACACUGCCUCAGCAUACAUGCGAUCUAGCAGAGCAGUAUUUGAAGGGCAAGGCAAAUAGAAUACAUAGAAGAAUCAUUUCACGCUAUCAGAUUAUUUAAAUAGGAGUUAAAGAUGUACAGAUUACCAAGUAUUCUACGCCCUGCUCUCUCAAGGAGAAUGUCACCUGCACUUGUCAGAACUUAUGCCAAAGAGAUAAAGUUUGGAGCAGAUGCAAGAGCCAUGAUGCUUCAGGGAGUUGAUUUGUUGGCAGAUGCAGUUGCUGUUACAAUGGGACCAAAGGGACGAAAUGUAAUCAUUGAACAAAGCUGGGGGUCUCCAAAAAUAACAAAAGAUGGAGUUACAGUUGCCAAAUCUAUUGAACUAAAGGAUAAGUAUCAGAACAUAGGGGCUAAACUGGUACAAGAUGUGGCUAAUAACACCAAUGAAGAGGCUGGAGAUGGAACUACCACAGCAACUGUACUGGCCAGAUCUAUAGCCAAGGAAGGGUUUGAAAAGAUCAGCAAAGGAGCAAAUCCAAUUGAAAUUAGACGAGGAGUUAUGAUGGCUGUAGAUGCUGCAGUGGCUCACCUCAAAUCAAUGUCAAAACAAGUAACCACCCCUGAAGAAAUAUCACAGGUAGCCACAAUUUCAGCCAAUGGUGAUAAGACUGUUGGUUCCCUAAUAUCUGAUGCCAUGAAAAAAGUGGGUCGUGAUGGAGUCAUAACAGUCAAAGAUGGAAAGACAUUAAAAGAUGAGUUGGAGACCAUUGAAGGAAUGAAAUUUGACAGGGGAUAUAUCUCUCCAUACUUCAUGAACACUGCUAAAGGAGCCAAGUGUGAAUUCCAGGACUGUUUAGUGUUAUUCAGCGAGAAGAAGAUCUCCAGUAUACAAUCUAUUAUCCCUGCUCUGGAAAUGGCUAAUCAGGCAAAGAAACCAUUGUUAAUUAUUGCUGAAGAUGUGGAUGGUGAAGCUCUCAGUGCAAUGGUCUUGAAUAGAUUGAAAGUUAGUUUACAGGUUUGUGCUGUAAAGGCACCAGGAUUUGGUGAUAACAGGAAGAACACUAUGAAAGAUAUGGCUGUUGCCUCAGGUGGUGUGGUGUUUGGAGAUGAAGCUGACAUGUACAAGAUAGAAGAUGUACAGAUGCAUGAUUUUGGUAGAUUUGAUGAAGUAUCAAUCACGAAAGAUGACACUCUGUUGAUCAAGGGUAAAGGAGAUCCACAAGAUAUAGAAAAAAGAAUGAACCAGAUCAAAGAUGAAAUUGAAAUGUCCACUUCAGAGUAUGAAAAGGAAAAGUUUAAUGAAAGACUUGCCAAGUUGUCUAAUGGAGUAGCAGUAUUAAAGAUUGGAGGAACCAGUGAAGUAGAGGUAAAUGAAAAGAAAGAUCGUGUAAAUGAUGCUUUAAAUGCUACUAAAGCUGCAGUAGAGGAAGGUAUAGUACCUGGUGGUGGUGUGGCACUGCUACGAUGUGUCAAGGCAUUAGAGGAUCUCAAAGUAGAGAAUGAAGAUCAGAAAAUAGGUGUUGAGAUUAUAACGAAAUCUCUAAGACUUCCAGCUUUAACAAUUGUCAAGAAUACUGGUGUAGAACCACAUGCCAUCUUGGAGAAAUUGGCAACAAAUGAAGGUGAUUUUGGUUAUGAUGCUCUCAAUGCCCAGUUUGGAAAUAUGAUGGCUUUAGGAAUCAUAGAUCCUACAAAGGUUGUACGAACAGCACUAGUUGAUGCUUCAGGUGUAGCAUCUCUUUUGACAACAGCAGAGUGUGUAGUGACAGAAAUUCCAAAGGAAGAUCCUCCCAUGCCAGGUGGUGGUAUGGGAGGCAUGGGUGGUAUGGGAGGAAUGGGUGGCAUGGGAGGAAUGGGAGGAUUUUAAUGUCUGCUAGCAUUUAGAUCCUUUUAUAGACUAGUAUUUAUUGCCACCGAAAGUGUGCUAAUUGACUGUAUUGACCAAAUCCAAAUCUGUGUCAAUAGCCAGAGGCAAAAGGACCAAUGAGACUAAUAUAACAACAAAAAAACAUGAGUGUUGAGCACAGCUGUUCAGUCAGACUUGGCGACAAUUAUUCAUCUGCAGUCAAUCUAAAUUAAAUCAGGAUUUUAAUAUAUUAUAUAAAUAGUACAGAUCAGUAUAAAAACAAAUUCAUCCGAUGACUGAAGAAGAAUAAAUGAGUACCUAAAGAUAUAGUCUCAGAUGAAUUCUACUGACGUUGUAGUAUAACUAGGGACUCAAUAGAUUUACAAAAUGAACAAAAUCACUUAAGAUGAGUUGAUAGUUUAUAUGCUGAAUGUCUAGAAUUUAUCUGAAGCUCAAUUUUUUACUGGUAUGAAAGAGAUUUCAUUUAUGUAUUGAUACUAUUCUUUCUGUAAUAUUUUUUGUGCAUUUAUAAACUUUUUUAUGUAUGUGUCUAGUCCGAUUCUAAAUUGUGAAGAUUUCAUUAUUUGUCCCGUAUAAACAGACUAUUUCAUCCUAGAAAGUUAAUCAGUGAUAUGAUUCUGAUAUAAAUUAAACCUUAGAUUUUUUACCAAUUAUAAAUAUAUUUUCUUGUAUACAACAAUGUAAAGUGAUGGUAUAUUGGUAUAUACAAUAUUAACCACAUAUUCUACUUACUGCCUUACAAUUCAUUUUUAUCUUGCUAGGGUAAAAUGUAUUAAUUGUUUGUCGUUCCAUUGUUUAUGCUGCUACCAAACAAUCUUCAGAAUUGACUAGUUUAUUUAAAUGAGUUGUGACAUUUAUAGAUGAUAGUUUGUGAUAAUUAUGUUUGUUAAUGAAUAUUAGAUUGUGUGAAUGUGAUAUUAUUGAGUGUUUGUACAAAGAUUUAAUAAAAGUUUUAUAAGGAA